UGCUGCAAUGAAUUGCAUGAUGACAAAUUUAUUCAAAAUAAUCCAAAUUAUCCUGAGAAUGUUUCCAGUGAAGUACAUCAGACAAUGAAUGAGAUACUGGACUACCUAGAUGAUGUAAAUGAAUAUGCAAAGAAUACCUCAGCAGAAUCAACUGAGCCUUCAAAACAAGGGGAAAUAACUCAGGAUCAACAGAGUAGUUUGAUUGGAGUCAUGAACUUAUUAGUAGAUAAGGAGAAUGAUAAGGAUAUCUAUGAAGUUAUGGAUUUUUUGUUAUUUAAAUGCUGUGAAAUUGCAGAUAAAAAUCAUACCUCAGAUUACAUCCUCAGAGAAAAAUUCACAAAUGUCUCUAAAGUAUUACAAGGAAGUGAAAAAUCCAAGUACAGAGCAUAUUUGAAUGAGGAUUCUUGGAACUACAUUAGUUCACCUGAUGUCUUUAAAGAAAAUUUAACAGAUCACAAGAUAAGGAAGAAGAGUUUACCAGAAAAUUGGGAUUUCAAGAGCAAGCUAUUGAAUCAAGAAGGAAGCAUUACAGAAAAUCAAGCAGUUGAUAAUUUGUGGGUAAAACAUGAUAAAGAAAAAUCAAAUUUCAAACAGGGAUUGAAUGAGGUUGAUGCUGGAACCAACAAAGUUUGUUUCAAUGUUAGUGAAGGUGUAAACCUUGUAUCACAUGACCUACCAUCACUAAGGUGUAUUUGUAAACAAGUACUGCUUGGACCAACAGCUGACACUCAGGAUGUUGAAGGUCUUAAAAGUCCAAAAAUGGUGCAGGGAAAUGAACAUUAUCAUUUUGAGCUAGAAUCAAAAGACAAUCAAAGAAAUGAUUGUGAGGGAAAAAUGAGGUUUAUCAAAUAUUUAGGUUUAUCACCAUCACUGACAUUAGAAAAAGAAACAGAUACUGAAAAUUUUUGCUGUGAUGCUGAGCAGAAUGCACAUGAAAGUCUUUUACAACCCACAUUAAUAGAAAGCAAGUCAAAGAAUUACACAUUGAACUGUACAGAAAUAAAACAAACCAUCAGGGAGCAAGAUAACGUCUUUGAAUUAAAUCUUCCUAAUUUACAGUGUGUGUCAAUGAAAACUGAGGCAUUUAAGGAUCAGUCUGCUGAUAUGAAACAAGGGACACUGCUUAAAAAGACUGAAAUUCAAAGUGGUCUUCCCGUGGAUAUGGAGCAAUUGAUUCCAUGCAAACGAAUGAAACUAGAAGAAAAAGAAUCAAGUAUGUUUGAAAACCAUCAUACUGAUGAAAAACCAAUUGAAUUGCACUUGUUAGUCAAAAUAGCUAGUGUAGAUGACAUUAAAGAGGAUUCAAAUGAGAAUAUGCUAUAUGCUACUGUAGACAUGAAGAAAGAAAAACAAAGUUUAGUUGAAUAUACAACCAGAAAAGACAUUAAAAAUAAACAAGACAUUUUAAGUGUUGGACAAUCAGAGAGUCUUGUACCUCUAAAUUUUUACAAAGAAAAGCAGUUAAAAAUGAAGUUUGAUGAAGUAGAAAAGAAAGUUUCAGAAUGUGAUAAAAACCAAAGUAAUGCUAAUCUGAGUAAAGUAUUGGUUAGCGAUAGUAUUCCUGAAUUAAGAACUAAGGAUGACAACAAAUUUACAUUUAGUACAGAAGAGGGAUGUGUAUUUAAAGAAAUGCAAUCAACAGAACAGAUAGUUCCAUCUACAGUGAACAAAGAACACACAGAAACAUAUGAAAGAGAAUCAUUUUAUGAUGAAGAGAAUUACAGAUGUGAUAAAUUCAGAAAUCUUGGUAUGAAAGAAACAGUUUUGCAUGAUGAACAAAAAGAUUCUGUUCAUGGUGUGUUUGAACCAAAUACUAAGUGCUUCAAGUGGAAAUACACUCCAUCUUAUGUUGAUGAUACAGAUGCUGUUGUUCCUGAUACAGAGAAAAAAGGACAUGAUUUACCAUGUAGAAUAUUGCCAAUAUUAUCUUGCAAAAAACCAAUCAGGCUUGGUUUAUCCAGAAAACAUCAUCUUGCCUCUCUUCAUCCUUACAUGAAAAAGGAAGCUAAGAAAUAGAGGUUUGACAUUAGUUCAAAAUUUCUUUGAAAAAUGAUGCUUAGCAAUACUAUGAAUAAUAUAUUUGAUGUUUUUAUUUACAAUUUCUAAUAGAGAAGAUCACUUUACAACAAAAAGUAUGUAUAUGUAUUUAUUUUAUUUUAUGCUGUACAAAGAA